AUGGUCAAUCAUUGUAUGUGGUCUCAAUGGGAGAAUUGGGAAAAUGGAGCACAUCCUUAUCGGGUUGCACUAAUUGGAGACCCUCAGUUAGUUGACAAGGGAACAUAUAAUCGUAGCUUUAUAUUAACUGCAUUGACUAACUUCUAUACGGAUAAAUAUAUGAAAAGAAAUUGGAAAUAUUUAAAUAAUCAACUACAUCCACAAUCACUUAUUUUCCUUGGAGACUUAUUGGAUGGUGGGAGAGAUCUGGAAAUGAAAAAGUACAGAAUCUCUACUUUAGAAGAACAAAAAAUAUUAAAAAAGACUAGAUGGAUAAAAGAAUAUAGACGGUUUGAUGAUGUGUUUUUUCAGCCUCCAGGAGUAAAAGUAAUAUCUACACUUCCAGGAAACCAUGAUAUAGGAUUUUCAGAUGGAGUAACACUUAAACGUUUAAACCGUUUUCGGGCAUAUUUUGGCGAAUCCAGUUCUUCUUAUACAAUAGGAAACCAUACUUUUGUACUUUUAGACACAAUCAGCCUUUCUAAUACUGUUAAUGCUCAAGUUUCAAAAUAUACAAAGCAAUUAUUAGAAGAUUUGAAACGUACAUAUAACCAGGAUUAUCCCCGUAUUUUAUUAUCUCAUGUUCCAUUAUUUCGUCCAGCAAACACGCCUUGCGGUCCCAACAGAGAGAAAAAUACAUCGAUAAAAUUAGAGCGUGGAUUUGAAUACCAAAACGUCAUUCUUCCAAACUUAUCCACUAUUGUUCUCGAAAAUGUACGGCCUAUUGCUGUUUUUUCCGGUGAUGAUCAUGAUUUUUGUGAAGUCAAACAUACAGUAUACAAAUAUGAUACUACGGUUAUUGAAAGAAGCAUUAAAAGUUUUUCUAUGGCUAUGGGUAUUCGCCAGCCUGGUGUACAACUUAUUUCACUAUAUAAUCCUUCGGGAAAAAAAGCAUACGAACAAACAUUUCAAACAAAAAUGUGCCUUUUGCCAAAGCAGUAUUCUAUUUUUUUAUAUUAUUUAAUGACAUUUGUAAUAACAUCAUUUCUCUUGUUUAUGUACAGAUAUAUCUUUAUGGAAAAAGAGUUACAACUUCCUAAAACAUAUACAGACAGAUAUAACCAAUUACCACGACAUCUUCGAUCAAAAGCAUUAUAUCAUCUUUUAUCAGAUAUAUUUAAUAUUGCUAUUCUGAUUCUUCCAUGGUAUUUAUAUUUACUCUUUCGAUAUUGA